AUUUAAGCCAUCUCAGACUCUCCGCCACUCGCUUUCCUCUCUCGCCUCCUUUGCUCUUCCUCGUCACCCUCCUUCCUCUCCUUGCUAGCCGAAGGCGACGACGUGCAAGAGUGGGGAAGCGGAAACCCUAAGGAGUAUCUACUUUGAUUAGUUGAGCGUGCAAUUAUCAACUGUGAACGCCAAACACCUCUUAUUUAUAUGUCAGUUGAAUGACACUUCCACUUCUUCUCAUGAUUCAUAUGAGUGGAACCAGUCCGUAUUGGGUAAGUAGAAAAACAAGAAGAUGGAGAUUGCUCCAGAUCAGGAAUGUUGUAUUGCAGAUAAUAGUUUGAAGUGCAGACAAAUUUCAGAGGAAAAGGCACAAUCUGGCGAACAAUUUGAUGAGACUACUUUAAGGUCUUCUACAGUGGUACAAACAUUUGUUGAUGCUAGACAAACAUUGGAUUGGGUCAAAGAUGUCAACCCUCCGGCGUCUGGCCUUGCUUCUGAUGACCUGCAUAUGCAUGGGACGAGCAACUCAAGUAAAUCCAAGUCUGGGAGGAAUAAGCUUCCUCUGCAAGUAGGUGGUAAAAGUUAUUCCCUACGAUCAGCAGAUGCUGGGGCUUCAAGAUCAAAGUUAAAUGAUACCUCCAAGGCUCCCGAAGAUAUAAAUGCUGACUCAUCACAGCCUGUUGUUACCAAAAAGCGCGGGCGGAAGAAGAAACAACAAAAUUCAAGAUCAAUAGAUGAGAUUUCUAGAAUCAGAAACCGUGUCAAGUGUAUAAUUAGUCGAAUGCAUUAUGAGCAGAGCUUGAUUGAAGCUUAUUCUGGUGAAGGGUGGAACCGUCAAAGUCAAGACAAGAUAAAGCCUGAGAAGGAGAUCAAGCGUGCUACAUCAGAGAUCUUAAAAUGCAAGAUAAAAAUACGUGAGUCAUUCAAAGAUCUGGAGUCCUUGUGUGCAGAAGGAAAGCAUCAAGACUCUUUAUUUGAUUCCGAAGGACAAAUUUACAGUGAAGAUAUAUUCUGUGCCAAGUGUCUAUCAAAGGACCUAUCUCCUGAUAAUGACAUCAUACUCUGUGAUGGUGUUUGUGAUCGUGGAUUUCAUCAGAUGUGCUUGGAACCUCCUCUUCUUAAAGAACAAAUACCUCCUGGAGAUGAAGCUUGGCUAUGUCCUGGAUGUAAGUGCAAGCUAGAUUUAAUCACUUCUCUGAAUCAGUAUCAAGGAGCUAACCUUUCCAUUGACGACAGUUGGGAGAGGAUAUUUCCUGAGGCCGCAAUUCAGGUAGAUGGGACACGGCAAACUGAUGACUUAGGACUUCCUUCAGAUGAUUCGGAGGAUACAGAUUUUGACCCAGAAAAUCCUGACCCUGAGAAGUCUGAGAAGGAAGAUUCAAGUUCUGAUGAGUCCGAUUUUACGUCUGAUUCAAGUGGUUCAAGCUCCGGUAGGGUGUCUUUUGUUAAGGCUGAGAGUCUGGAGUCCUCUGAUUCUUCUAUGGAUGCGUCUGAAUCUUCAGAAGAUUCAAAAGGAUCAAGAGAAAGCGAAACUGUGGCCAGCAACGCAGAGAUUUCAACCGCAAUUUCUGGGAGAAGACAUCUUGAACACCUGGAUUACAAAAAGCUGUAUGAUGAGGAAUAUGGAGGUCUCCCUUCUAGUUCAAGUGAUGAUGAGGAUUAUGUUGAUACUGAGACCCUUGAAGAUGUAAAGGUCAGCCCUUCUGAAAAAAGCAUCAGUUUUCAUGACAACCAGAACAGUCAAGAUUUUGAAAAUGCAAAACAGUCGAAGAUAUCUGAGAGAAAGCCUCGAAAAAAGUGUAUGCUAUCAUAUGAUUAUUCUCUCACCGGGUCACCUGCAAUAGCUACCCAGAAUGGCCAAAAAAAGAGGACACUUCAACAACUUGAGGUUGAAGGUGACAAAGUCCAAGAUGUUGCUUGGACACCUCGACGCAGAAAGUACACGCCCGAUGCAUGUAAGAGGCUUUACGAGUCCUUCAGCGAAAGCCAAUAUCCCACCAGGCAGACAAAGGAGAAAUUGGCAAAUGAGCUGGGGAUUGAAUUCAAGCAGGUCAGCAAGUGGUUUGAGAAUGCUCGAAGAUGUGUUAGAGGAGCAGUUAGCAGUAGAUCAAAUGAAAAUGCUAAUGCUUCUGGCCAUGUGGAUGAUAAGGGGCAAUCCUUGAUGGGUAAAGAUGGCAACCAAGAAAAGAAAGCAAGCAUUGGAAUGUCGGUGGAAGAUGCAGCAAAUAAUUCAGUCACUGAUGAUCAGAUGGCCGCUAGGCAGUUGAUUCUUGACCAGAAUGCAGUAGGGUAUGAAAAUCAUGACAUGGGAAACGAGGGUAUGCUUCCUGUUGCAAUGUCUACCAAAGAUGUAGGAAGCCCAUUGGGAGAAUGUCCCCCUCGUUCUACUCCUGAAGGUGGUAAGAAUGAAAAAAGUGAUAACUUCGGAGCAGAUGCAGAAUAACUAAUCCUUGAGUUGGAAAAAAGGUGCCCAACUGCUUCUGAUCUUAUUCCGAUGGUUCGUCAUUGUCCAAUCUAUUGAUGCAAUUUCGUCCAAGGUAGAAGGCAAUCUAGAAUGCUGCAGCCAUUGGAUUUGGAAGGUGCCCAACUGCACCGAGUUCAACCUGGCAGGCUGAAGUACCAAAGUAUUGGAAUUACUCUUAUUCGUGAGACUGGGGGUGAACAUCUGACUUGGAUUUUUUGCUAAUGCGAUGGAUCCAAGACUAGUAAUUGCCUUCAUGGCUUUAUGUAACUACAGUCUGUUUUCUCCAAUUAGAUAUGCGGUAUCGGCUGCAGUUUGUCGUAUGUCAGUGUUCAAGGACAAAGGAUGGUUCGAGAAAAUGGAAACUUGGAGGAAAUGUGAAAUAAGAGAAUCAUUAAAUUUCACGGUUGUAGAUGAUGGAAGGAGCUGAUUAUUUGCUUACCAAUUUUUUUCUCUCCUCCCCGAGAGGAAAUUGGAGUUGACAAGCGCCGAGGAAGAUUUACGCCAACAAUGGUGGAGGCAGUGGAAAUGUUAGCGUAGGCAUGGGUUUGGGUACUCGAAGGUUGAUGAUCUUGUGACAAUAACAUUUUCUUUGGCCACAAUUUUAUCUCGUGGCAGGGUCUGCCGAGCUGCAAACCCUAAAUUUAAUUUUCUGGAUUCGUUUUUUAGGGUUAUAGAAUUUUGUUUUCCCCUUUGAUUUCUCCUGGCAAUCUCUGGUACCUUCUCCCUCUCCCUUGGUCGAUAAACCAUAUUUGGGAGUGUUUUAUUCUGGAAUCUAUGAGGAUGCACCCUAUUCGAUUCUGCUAGGGUGGAUUUUUUUGUUC